GAAGCUCAUCCCUCUUACAACACUGACCAGGAAGAGACGGACUUGUUAUUUCUCUUUUCUGCCAUACUGACUUUGACUCGACAAAAGCAAUAAAGAAUCAGCGAUCAGUGGAGUACGAAGAGAAAAACUUUACAGAAGAAUUUGAGAAGUUUCUUCCUGAACAAGUUUGAUUCUGAUCUUUGUGAUUCUCAUGGUGAUUCAUUUUUAAAACCGUCGUUCAGAAAGUGAAAGUAAAGUUUAGAUUGCUGGAGCUCAAACAGUGAGAAUGGCUUCAGCAGCUGAAGAUGAUUAUAUUUGUCCUGUGUGCUGUGAAAUCUUCAAUACUCCUGUUCUUUUAUCCUGUAGUCACAGUUUCUGUAAAGAGUGUCUUCAACAGUUCUGGAGAACCAAGACAUCUCAGGAGUGUCCUGUCUGCAGGAGAAGAUCCUCAAAAGAACGUCCUCCGGCUAAUCUUGCAUUAAGAAACUUGUGUGAGUCGUUCCUGAAGGAGAGAAAUGAGAGGCGUUCAUCAGGGUCUGAGGAGAUCUGCAGUUUACACAGUGAGAAACUCAAGCUCUUCUGUCUGGAGGAUAAACAGCCUGUGUGUAUCGUGUGCAGAGAUUCAACACAACAUGACAAUCAUAAAUUCAGACCCAUCAGUGAAGUGGCUUCAUCAUAUAAGGAGGAGCUCAAUACAGCACUGAAGUCCUUACAGGAGAAACUGAAACACAAUACAACAAUGAAAGCAGAGUUUGAGAAAACAGUUCAACACAUCAAGGUUCAAGCUGAGCACACAGAGCGUCAGAUUAAACAGCAGUUUGAGAAGCUUCAUCAGUUUCUCAGAGAUGAAGAAGAAGCUACAGUCACUGCACUGAGGGAGGAAGAGGAGCAGAAGAAGCAGAUGAUGAAGGAGAAGCUGGAGGAGAUGAACACACACAUCUCAGCUCUUUCACACACACUCAAAGACAUGGAGGAGAUGAUGAAAGCCAGUGACGUCUGCUUUCUGAAGGAGUUUCCAGUCUCAAUGGAAAGAGUCCAGAGCUCACGGCCGGAUCCACAGAUGGCUUCUGGAGCUUUGAUUCAUGUGCCACGAUACUUGGGCAACCUGCCGUUCAGAGUCUGGAAGAAGAUGCAGGACAUCGUCCAAAACACUCCUGUGAUUCUGGAUCCAAACACUGCGAAUCCAGAACUCGUCCUGUCUGAUGAUCUGACCAGUGUGAGAAACAGCGAGAACAGACAAACUCUUCCUGAUAAUCCAGAGAGAAUUGACUGUUAUGAGUGUGUUCUGGGUUCAGAGGGAUUUAACUCAGGAACACACUGCUGGGAUGUGGACGUUACAGAGAGUGAAUACUGGGCUCUUGGAGUAACUACAGCAUCAAACCGGAGGAAGGGACGCGGUUUCUUCAACACUGAUGUCUGGUGUGUGCAGUAUAAUCCGGCCGGACUGUAUUUUAGUUCUGGUUUUCAUGUUAAACAGGAUCUUGAUCGUGUGAGAGUGAAUCUGGACUAUAAUGGAGGAACGGUGUCGUUCUCUGAUCCUGUAACUAACACACAUCUACACACACUCACAGACACCUUCACUGACACACUCUUUCCAUUCUUCCGGUGCUCUUCCGACUCUCUGAGGAUCUUAGCGGUCAAUAGUCAGUAAACGUCUCUCCUGUAGAUCUGGAUCUUCCUGCUUUCAUCAUGUUUCCAAUAUUUACUCCAUCUCACAUGAGUAAGAGUGCUGUUGAUCUGAGUGUCAGUACGGUGGCUGUGAUUGGGCCGUGAUGAUCACAUGACUGAUAUCCAGCACUACAGCAACACUCAGAUCAAGAAACAUCAAGUUUUCAUUUAUAUUCCACUUCACACAAUUAGACCCAUUAGAGACCGUUUUAGCAUUCAUGUUUUCAGGAGAACUGACAUUUACCACAUUAUUUCACUCAAUCUGUGUUUAUAUAUUUUGCAUAAUUAUUAUUAUAUGAUUAAAUUAUAAAUGAAUGUAAAAAGUUCUUGCUGAUGAUGAUCCCU